CUGGCGUUCCAAUGAUCACUUCAAGUGAAAAAGACAGUGAUUCGGAUGAAGUGAGAGUUUUACCAAAAAAUACUGGAUGAGAGAUGAUCAUGAAAAAUCUUUAGAGAUAGUCGAUGUCAGUAAAAAUGAAAAACUUGUUUACAAGGUCAGACCGAGUCUCAAAAAAAGAAAACAGAAGACUCGAUACAAGCAGGUUUAUUCUGAGAAAGUAUCUUCCUUAACCGUCAAGUUGAAAUCUAGCGAUUUGUUAGUUACAUCUAGUGAUGAAAAUAAUUACUCUCAUAAAGCGAUAGUUGAUCAGGAUGAUAAUAAAACUUCGAAGAGAGUUAGCGUGGAUGAAAAUAAAGAAAUGGCCUUCAACCAAGUAACAUCAAAACUCAAGACUGGCAAAAAUGAAAUCAAAACAGGAAGAAAGGUUGAUCUGGUAAUAAAUUAUGAGAAGGUAGCUCUUUCCAGAACCUAUUUUAGACCUGAUCGUAGCAAACCAUCUUUGUUAACCGUCACACAGGAAGCUAGUAAUCCAAUAUUUAAAUUUAAUGAUGAAGAUAAGAACACAAAUAAAACUGGAGUUAUACCAAGGAAUGUCAAGAGUUAUCUAAUGUGAAAUAUGUUAAAAAAUCAAUAGAGAUAGUUGACGUUCAUUUUGUGAGUCCAAGUUUAAAAAAGAAAAAUAUAACAGCCAAGAAAGACAGACAACAUGAUUUAA